AUGGCUCUGUUCAUGGACUUGGACUUCGCUGGACUCAAACCAAAUCCAACCAAAGACCAGCUGGACCUCAAGAUGAUCUAUGGAGAAGAAGCAUGCAAAGUGCAGGAGGGGGGGUGUUCUGUGUCCUCUCCGGAGCCUGUGGUGCUUCUGGAUGGACAGAGGAAGAGGAAGAGGACCAUCUUUAGCAGAGCCCAGCUGUCUGAACUAGAGCAGGCCUUUGCAGUGACCCCAUACCCCGAUAUCACACUGAGGGAGAGGCUGGCAGCUCACACACACCUGCCCGAGAGUAAGAUACAGGUCUGGUUUCAAAACAGAAGAGCUCGAAGUAUAAAGACUGGCCGCUUGUACAAGUCCACCAAUUCCCUUCAGGGAGGAGGCAGGAGUCCCGUUAUGGAGAACUGCCUCGUACCAGCCGCCUUCCCCUCCUCUGCCUCUCUCUCCGACAUCCUGAGACCAGACCACAUCCCUUGCGAUGAACUUCCGCAGAUAUACUCAGACUGGAUACAUGUACACAACAACCCAAUCUCCUCACCUCCAUCUUACCACCACCAGCAACAGCAGCAAUCCUCUCUGAGCAAUUCCAAAAAUGACUGCAGAUUCUGGGAUGAGGAACACCAACAAAGGCAUAGACCAGGGCCCCAGAUUUCUGCAUUUUUACCCAAUUCGUUCACUCAAACAAUACCAAGACCAAACCAACAUACAACUACAACUUCUAAUAAGGAGUACCAGAGCUUCAGAAAACCACAUGGCAUGUCUUAUGGAGCGAUGGGGGGAGGAGGAGGAGGUGCAGGGGUGGAUCAGGUUGUGCCAACGCACCCCCAGUCUGUUUUUUGGGAUCAAGGACAUCACUCGUAUAAUUACCAUCCACAAAUGGGACCCCCAACUUCAAUGGGAUACAUCUCGGAUUUGAUUUACAACGCAGCAAUCGUCACCAACUUUCUGGAGUUUUGA